GUUGGGGGUGGGGAACCCGCCCUAACUUCUAGGCCUUUCUUUUCCGCGAGCGUGCCGACCAGACCAGCAAGGGGAAGGGAAAGCACUCGAAGCCGCUCACGAUGGAGGAGCUGGAUCAGAGACUGUUGGUGCAGCCGUGGGCCUGGCUGCAGAUUGACGAGACCUCCCUCCUGGCCAAGGCCUGUGUCACACAGCAGGGCUAUGCCCUGUUGCUCUGGGAUCUUCAGCAGGUGUGGCACGAGCAGGUGGACACAAGUGUGGUCAGCCAGCGAGCCAAGGAGCUGAACAAGCGCUUGACAGCACCGGCUACUGCCUUUCUCUGCCGUUUGGAUGAUCUGCUUCGCCCGCUGCUGAAGAACCCUCCUGACCCCAGUGAAGCCACCUUCUCCUGCAACCGUGUGGCUGAGGCUCUGGUGCUGAGGGUAAAGAGCGAGCUCUCAGGCCUCCCGUUCUACUGGAAUUUCCACUGCACCUUGGCGAGCCCUGCCCUGGUGUCCCGGCAUUUGAUCCGUCCUCUCAUGGGCAUGGGUCUGGCCUUGCAGUGCCAAGUGAGGGAGCUCACAACGCUGCUUCACUUGAAAGACCUGGAGCUCCGGGACUAUCAGGAAAGUGGGGCUACACUGAGCCGAGAUCGGUUGAAGACGGAGCCAUUUGAGGAAAACUCCUUCUUGGAACAGUUUAUGGCAGAGAAGCUUCCAGGAUCCUGCAACACUGGGGAUGGAAGACCCUUUGUCACAAAUCUGCAGAGCCUUUAUGUGGCUGUCACCAGACAAGAGGUUCAAGAGGAGCUAAAGACACGAGGCCCAGGAGCCAUUUCCAGUAGCCCCUCUCUGCAAGGAACUGACUCUCAGCCUCUGAGGCUCCCCACAGAGCCAGACUGCCCACAGCCAUCACCCCUAGCACCCAAAGAAGAGCCUGAGAAAACAGCGGGCCCUACACAGAGACCUCAGCUCUCAAAGGCCAAGAGGAAGAAGCUCCGGGGACUCUUCAAUUAGCCUGGCCCUACCUCAACAGCCGAGGCUGACCCAUGGACAGGCUCCCAGCACCCCUGAAAGGGAAUCGGGGCCUGGUUUGGAAACACCAACAGGCAACCACCAUGGGGAUGCAGUCUGCAGUCUGCAGUGGUUCCCACCGCC